AUGGUCGGAGCCAUGGAAAAGGAGAUGGUCUUUCGGCUUUCCGAAUUCGUUUCCUUUCCAGUCUUAAAAGCUUCUCCUGCGGGUGCCUCAAUGCCAUUCCUCAGUCAAAUUGUUGUCCCCUUGAACCACAUGACUCUCCGGGUCGAAGUCGUCGCCCGCAAAUAUCACGAACAUAAGAAAUUCCUCAACAUCAUCACCCAUGAGUGCCUCACAGGGAAUAGAGUUUGUUACCUCAUCAAAGGUGCCCCCGAGUCUUCAACCACUUUGCCCGAUGGCUACGCUAGGGUGGGAGAUCUCGAGCCCGUUUUCAAAGAGGCAAACACGGAUUGUCCUGAGUGUAGCAGCGCUCCGGAGUCUGCAUUGCCAGCCAUCAGCUUAACCUCUACGUCGGAGCUCUUGUCCACUGCUUUGACACGCACCGAUGAUAACCUGAACUCAAGCUUUGCCCCGGAUGAAGAAGAUGAAGAAUUUAACUUGGCAGCGCGGUCCAAUGUCAGCGGUUCCACCGAAAGUUCCUCCGGUCGAGAGACCCUCCUGGUUCCGCCUCAGCUAGCUAGUAAAUGGGCCAAUCGACCAACUUACACGUCCUCAGUUUCAUCCGCUCUAUCGUCCAGCACAGUCGGAAGCUCGAUCAUCCAGACUAGUUUAAAGCCCAUCAGCAAUACAAUGUGUCUAACCGCUCCCGCAAACAGUGCUUUAACCGACGGGAUUUGGGAUGCAAAGCGCCGCAUAAUCCACGGCGCUAUCAUCUUGAAGAGAAAGAAAAAACCCGAACCACCUAGCACGGAAUGGUUGAACAGGAAACCGCCACUAUGUGAAUACCCACACGUAUAUCGUGUAGACAAUUUCACGCUAUGGGAUUGCAACGACGAAAUUUGGAGCGAGCAGCACGUGCAAGAGUUCAAAGCCCUCAUGCAGGAGCUGAAAAAGAACGGAUAUAACUCAUUGGAGAUCAGGCACAAACUUGAAGCCGCAAUCGCAACGCUUGACCAACUGCCAAUCGACCAUAAUUGCGAAAAUCCAAAGCGUCGCUGGGUCGAAAAUGUAGGGCUGGUUGAAUGGUGCCCUGCAACCCAUACUAAGAGGGACUUGAAUACGCGUGCAGUCGCCGACCUCCCACCACCCCUUGAAACGGAGCGUUACUUCCCACCGGCAGAUUGUGAAGAGCCGAUUGAUAUGGUGGUGGAUGGGCGCCAGUUGAAGUCUUGCUAUGCCUCCCAAGAGGAGGCCGACAAGUUCAAAAAAGAGUAUGAAGGAAUGGUGGAGGAGCUGCGAGACCAUGGAUAUUCCGAAAAGCAGAUCAACAUGAAGAUGCUCGCCGCCCAUGACAACUUGAUGGAGAUGGAGUUCAGGAUGGUCAGUGUCGAGAACUGCCCUGUAUUCCCUAGGCGUCGUUUCAUCGAGGGCAUCGGUAUGGUGGAGUGGUGCCCCCAGAACCGCACCAAGAGGGAAUUGAACGAGGAUGAGCCGGAACUAGAGCCUGAGAGGAUGGAGCCAAGGUGUAUCCAGCACUUGCCAUGGCCGCGGCGGGUAUCCCCAGACGAAUCCCCCUCUGAAAUCUCCUCGUCGACCACUCUUGACAGCAUGAAGCGUGAACAGGGCCCAGCUACGACUUCCAGUGCGUAUGUGGGUACCUCACCCGCACCCAACCAAAUCCUGAACCCCAGAGCCGCUACUGCCAUUCACGAAGUUUCCGACAUUCCGACUUCUCCUCUUGCCACGCCUGCUCAGGUGCCGUGCAGUUCCUCGACUCACCCAGGGAAGUCAAACGGAGCAACGAGCAACGUCGCUAUCAAGAACCUCGAGAGAGGACUCGUGGCUAUCUGGUUGAUCAUUGCGAUACUGUUGAUGUUGGCAGGAGCUUUGUUUGUGUUCAAGAAGCUCAGGUUCAAGAAGGAGAGGUCGCGUGAGGAUCUGGAGAGUGGAAAUGAAAACAUGACUGAAUUGUAA